AUGGCUUUAUUAUCUUAUUCAUCAUCGUCCUGGUCGGACUUACUCCCGGAGCUUAUAGAAGCUGUAUUCCACAGCCUAACCGAUGCUAAAGACAUCCUUAGUUGUGCCACCGUCUGUUCUUCUUGGAGAUAUUCAUCUUCCGCCGUGUACAGCCGCAAGUUCGUUCCAUUUCUCUUUGUUUCCCAUCCCUCCGAUGAAGAAGCUCACUGCUCUGAUGGUUUUAGAAUCUUAUCUCCGGAAAAUAUCAUUUUCUCCGGUAAUGAUCAGAAAUGGAUUUGCGGAGGCACAAGAGGGUGUUUGUUAACAGUCAAUGUUUCUUUCCCGUUCGAGGUAAAAUUACAGAACCCAUUUACUAAAACCGUUGUUUCUAUGCCACCAUUGGCAUCUUUCGAGGACAUUCAGCGGUUGCUUCAGUUCCAAGCUAUCUCUCAGCAUUCUGGAGCCCUAACCCUAAUAAAGAACUUUAUAAAGAAAGCAGUUUCUUCCACAAGUUUACUAGACCCUGAUUGGGUUGUGCUCGUGAUCUACAACACCGAAGGAGGAAAACUAGCUUUCUGCAGACGCGGAGAUAAACAAUGGACGGGGUUAGAGUCUGAUCACGUUGAUGACAUUGUGUUCUGCAGUGGUGUCUUCUUUUCCAUGGACAGAGUUGGAAGGAUAUAUCAGUGUGAACUUAGCCCUAACAAUCCAAAAGCUAUUCCUCUAUGCAGCGCCUCGCCGUUUCAAUACGACCCUUGCAAGAAAUACUUUGCAGAAUCGGAUUCAAGCAAACUCUGGGUGGUUCUACAGAAGCUAGACGUUAGUGAUGAUGAUUAUGACUUCACAACGUAUUUCGAGAUUUAUGAAUUUAAUUCAGAGGCUAAAGAGUGGACUAUGGUGAGAAGCUUGAGAGGAAAAGCUUUGUUCUUGAGCUCUCAAGGUAGAUGUGUAGCGGUUUCAGCAGGUGAAACAGGAUCUGGAGGGUUCAUCAAAGACAACUCUGUUUACUUCAUCGAUGGAAGUCUAAGCGUUUUUGAGUGGGAGAGUAAGCAAAUCAAGAAGGUUUACGAGUCAAGAUUUUGUAAUAGUAUGUUUUGGGUCACACCUGCAGAUGUUUUUCAUUAG